AUGGCGGACGCCACAGCCAAGAGACAGUCAAAAGAGUCUUUCACUUGUCCCGUUUGUCUGGAUCUACUGAACAAUCCAGUCGCCAUUCCAUGUGGACACACGUAUUGUUUGGGCUGCAUUAAAGGCUGCUGGGAUCAGGAGGAUGGUAAAGGCAUCUACAGGUGCCCCCAGUGCAGAUGGACUUUUAGGCCGAGACCUGCUGUCAGUAAAAACACCCUGAUUGCUGAGAUGGUUGAGGACUUCAGGAAGACUGGACUCCAGGCUGCUGCUCCUGCUCUAUCUACUGCUGGAGCUGGAGAUGUGGAGUGUGAUCUCUGCACUGGGAGAAAACUCAAAGCUGUGAAGUCUUGUCUGGAUUGUCUGUUGUCUUACUGUGAAACUCACUUCAAAGUUCACAAUGAUGUGAAUCCAGGAGGAAAACACUCAGUGAUUGAUGCCACAGGCCAGCUGCAGGAGAGGAUCUGCCCUCAUCAUAAGAAGGUGUUUGAAAUAUUUUGUUGUACUGAUCAGACUUGUAUCUGCUAUCUGUGCACGAUAGACAGAUAUAGAGGCCAUGAUACAGUCACAGCUGUAGCAGAAUGGACUGACAAACAGAAGCAGCUGGGAGAGACCCAGAGGAGAUUCCAGCAGAGACUCCAUGAGAAGGAGAAGGAGCUGCAGGAGCUGAGGAAGGCUGUGGAGACACUCAAGAGCUCUGCACAGACAGCAGUGGAGGACAGUGAGAGGAUCUACACUGAGAUGAUCCGCUCCAUUGAGAGAAGGCGCUCUGAGGUGACAGAGCUGAUCAGAGCUCAGGAGAAGGCUGAGGUGAGUCGGGCUGAAGGACUCCUGAAGAGACUGGAGCAGGAGAUUGCUGAGCUGAAGAGGAGAGAUGCUGAACUGGAGCAGCUUUCACACACAGAGGAUCACAUCCAUUUCCUCAAGAAUGUUGUGUCAGUCACUGCUGCUCCUUGCAGUACAGUUUCAACCAGCAUGACCUUCAACCAACGUGUCUCUUUUGAGGCUGUGAAGGAAUCUGUCUCUGCACUGAAGGUGCAGCUGGAGGAGAAAUUGGAUGGCAUCUUUAAGCAGGAAGUAGCCAAGAUAUCUGCAGCAGUGUCCAGUGAUAUCCAGGCUUUCUUUCCUGAACUAGUGACCAGAGAGGAGCUCUUGCAGUACUCCGGUCACUUCACACUGGAUCCAAAAACAGCAAACAGACACCUCCAUCUGUCUGAGGGAAACAGGAGGGUGGAAUAUGGAACUGAGCGCCAGUCAUACCCUGAACAUCCAGAGAGAUUUGAUGUGUGUCCUCAUGUGCUGUGUCGAGAGGGAGUGUCUGGACGCUGCUACUGGGAGAUUGAAAGGAGUGGGUUGAUUGAUAUAGCAGUCUCAUAUAAAAGCAUCAGCAGGAAAGGACAGGGUAGGGAGUGUCUGUUUGGAUAUAAUGAUCAGUCCUGGAGUCUGUUCCUCACCAGUUCCAGCUCCUCUUUCAGGCACAAUAAUAAAGAGACUAAACUCCCUCUUGUGGCCAGCUCCAGAAUUGGAGUGUACGUGGAUCACAGGGCAGGAACUCUGGCCUUUUACAGCAUCACUGACACACUGACCCUCCUGCACAGUGUCAGGACCACAUUCACUCACACACUCUACCCUGGGUUUAAGAUAUUUUCUGGAUCAUCAGUAAAGCUGUUGUGA